AGGCAGAUCGGGAGCGGUGCCGAGAAAAAUUUCCUUACUAGAUGACAUUUCAUCGCAAUGUCCGAUCGUUUGGGGCAAAUAACCAAGGGCAAGGAUGGGAAAAGCAAGUAUUCGACUCUCAGCCUGUUUGAUAAGUAUAAAGGAAAAUCAGUAGACUCGAUCAGAUCCUCAGUUAUUCCUAGACAUGGCUUACAGAGUCUCGGGAAAGUUGCCACAGCCCGGCGUAUGCCACCGCCUGCAAACCUGCCAAGCUUGAAGUCUGAAAACAAAGGAAACGACCCCAACAUCGUUAUAGUACCCAAGGACGGGACGGGAUGGGCAAACAAGCAGGAUCAGCAAGACCCAAAGAGUUCCAGUGCGACGGCCUCUCAGCCGCCGGAGUUGCUGCCGCAGCCGGGUUUGCAGAAAUCUGUCUCCAAUUUGCAGAAACCGACACAGUCGAUCAGUCAGGAGAAUACAAAUUCAGCGCCAGGUGGACCAAAGUCAUGGGCACAGCUGAAUGGAAAGCCAGCAGGACACGAAGGUGGUUUAAGGGCCUCAAGCCGACUAUUAUCCUUCUCUCCCGAGGAAUUUCCGACGCUGAAAGCAGCUGGAGGGCAGGACAAGGCUGGCAAAGAAAAGGGCGUCUUAGAUCUGUCGUAUGGGCCAGGACCAAGCCUCCGCCCUCAGAAUGUGACAAGCUGGAGGGAGGGCGGUGGGCGAAACAUAAUUUCUGCCACGUCUCUGAGCGCCUCCCCAACUGAGCUGGGCAGCAGGAACUCGAGUGCGGGAGACGGAGCCCCCUCCUCGUCAUGUACCAGCGAUUCUAAGGACCCCUCUCUCCGCCCGGCUCAGCCUGUCCGAAAAGGGGCUUCACAGUUCAUGGGGAAUGUAUACCACCCACCUACAUACCAUGACAUGCUUCCUGCUUUUAUGUGUUCGCCACAGUCAUCAGAGAACCAGGGUACAGUGGAACGAGGAUCUUUUCCCCUUCCCCAGCUCCGUCUUGAACCCCGUGUUCCUUUUAGACAGUUCCAGAUGAAUGACCAAGACGGAAAAGAAAACAGGCUGGGAAUGACUCGCCCAAUCCGUCCACUGAGGCAGCUGGUGGAACGGGCGCCGAGGCCCACCAUCAUCAACGCGGAGAACCUGCGGGGCCUUGACGACCUGGACACCGAUGCCGAUGACGGCUGGGCAGGCCUCCAUGAAGAAGUGGACUACUCGGAGAAGUUGAAGUUCAGCGACGAUGAGGAGGAGGAGGAAGUUGUGAAGGAUGGCAGGCCAAAGCGGAACAGUUGGGACCCCAGGAGGCAGCGGCAGUUGUCAGUGAGCUCUGCAGAUAGUGCUGAUGCCAAGCGCACCCAAGAGGAAGGAAAGGACUGGGGCGAAACAGGAGGCAGAACCCGUGUCGUCCGGAAGGUGCCAGAACCUCAGCCGCCUUCUAGGAAGCUUCACAGCUGGGUGUCAGGCCCUGACUACCAGAAGUCCUCCGUGGGCAGUGUGUUCCGGCAGCAGUCUGUCGAGGACAAAGAGGACAAGCCACCCCCGAGGCAGAAGUUCGUCCAGUCGGAGAUGUCCGAGGCCGUGGAGCGAGCCCGAAAGCGCCGGGAAGAGGAGGAGCGCCGGGCCCGGGAGGAGAGGUUGGCUGCCUGCGCCGCCAAACUCAGGCAGCUGGACCAGAAGUGCAGGCGGGCUCAGAAGGCGGGUGGGGCCCAGGAGCCGGCGGGGAAGGAGGCGCCCCGCUCUCCAGGCGCCGCACAGGAGAAUGGCCCAGCUGUCCGCAGAGGCUCCCCUGAGUUCUCUGCCCCGGAAGCCCCCAGCACGUUUUCGGAAGAAGCCCCUACGGCUCCUCCAGCUGUGGCUCAGAGCGGUGGCAGUGACGAGCGGGCCAGGGAGCCUGGGUCCCCCGCACAGGAGUUCAGCAAGUACCAGAAGUCGCUUCCGCCCAGGUUCCAGCGCCAGCAGCAGCAGGAGCAGCUGUACAGGAUGCAGCACUGGCAGCCGGUGUGCCCUCCGCCGCCCCACCCGCAGCGUACCUUCUACCCGCACCACCCUCAGAUGCUGGGCUUCGACCCCAGGUGGAUGAUGAUGCCUUCCUACAUGGACCCACGAAUCCCACCCACUCGGACCCCAGUGGAUUUCUAUCCCUCAGCCCUACAUCCCUCGGGAUUGAUGAAACCCAUGAUGGCCCAGGAUUCUCUCAGUGGAACUGGCUGUCGCUCUGAGGAUCAGAGCUGUGUGCCCCCACUGCCAGAGAGGAAAGUGACCGCCAUCGAUGCAGCCCCCGUGUGGAGCCCCGAGGGUUACAUGGCGUUGCAGAGCAAGGGCUACUCGCUCCCCCACCCGAAAUCCAGUGACACUUUGGCCAUGGACGUGCAUGUCAGGAAUGAAAGCUCUUACUCUGCCUCACCUGGAAGGUCAGGGGGCAUAAGUGCCCGGCGCGAUCUCCUUGAGGAGAGAGGGGAGGAGUACUUGAGUGCUUUUGACAAGAAGGCCCCAGCAGACUUUGACAGCUGUGUCUCUUCUCAAAGAAUAGGCCAGGAGCUUUUGUUUCCACCCCGAGAAAAUGUUCAGGAAGCAGGCGCGCCUGGGAGUCACACCCCAAACCUCAGGUGUUCCACACUGGAGCCCGACUUUGCCCCGGCUGAGAAAAAACCAGAGUAUAGCGAUUGGGACGUGAGCCGCCAGCCGAAGGCCGCCAACCCAGACACCAGGGUUGAGAAAGAGGCGCCCCAGGAGGGGCUGUCCUUCAGUGUCUCCUCCUGGGAGAAGGAAGGGAGCCCCGGCAAACAGCCGGCCCUGGAGCCCGAGUGGACACCAGAAGCCCGAGGCGCCGGCAGCCAGCACGCGGAGCAGACCAGCAGGACCCGGAGGUCCGGCCCCAUCAAGAAGCCCGUCCUGAAGGCCCUCAAGGUGGAAGACAAGGAGAAGGAGCUCGACAAGGUGAAGCCGGAGCUGGGAGAGGGGAGCGCCCGCCUGGCUCGGGAGACGGGGCCCGUUUGCGAGGCGGCCGAGGACCAGGACCAAGAGAACGCCCCCGCGCUGGCCAGCGUGGCCCCGGCCGCCUCGGAGGACCAGGGCUCGGCCCGUGCUGCCUUGGGCCGCGAGGCCAGCCGGCCGGAGGAGGACGGCCAGCCCGACGGGGCCCGGGCAGCCAGCCACACCCCCCCUACCAGGAGGAAUAACUGGAUCUUCAUUGAUGAGGAGCAGGCCUUUGGGGGCCGGGGGCAGGCCCGGGGCCGCGGCCGCGGGUUCCGAGAGUUCACUUUCCGAGGGCGGCCCGUGGGCGGCGGCCUCUGUGGUGGGGGCGUCCUUGGGGCGCGAGGCCUCUACGGCGGCAGCCAGAGAAGCAGCCGCGGCCGGGGACCGCGAGAGUUCGGGCUGGCAGACGACUUCCCCCGGGCCAAGCCCCGGCGGAGGAUUGCCAGCGAGACCCACAGCGAGGGCUCUGAGUACGAGGAGCUUCCCAAGCGGCGGCGGCAGCGGGGCGCCGAGACUGGGGAUGAGGGCGCGCUCCCGGAGAGGGAGGAGGCCGCCGGGAGGAAGGGUGACUUCAGGGAGUCCUGGAGGUCCGGCAGGAUGUGCCCCGAGGACCACGGUGGGCCAGAGGCCAAGAACCGAGGCCCGCGGGCCUUCGGGCGCGCCCUCCCCCCGCGGCUGAGCAACUGCGCAUAUGGCCGGAGAACCUUCGCGGCCAAGGAAGCGGCCCCCUGGCCGAGCCGGGGUCUGGGCGCCUCCUGGCAAGAGUCCGGCCCCCCCGACACGUGCGGGGCCCGGCGGCCCUCAGACAGAGACUACAUCCCGGAUCCCUACAGACACCCCGACGCCUUGGGCACCCGGGGCUUCGAGGAUGGCCGUGUGGAGGACAAGAGGGCCUUCUUCCAAGAUGACCACGCAGCAGAUUCCGAAAAUGCCGAGAACCGGCCCUUCAGGAGAAGACGGCCCCCGCGCCAGGACAAGCCCCCCCGCUUCCGGCGCCUUCGGCAGGAGCGGGAGGCCCUGGGCCUGUGGGGGCCGGAGGGUGAGCAGCCCCUGCCGGCGGGCCAGUGGCCGGGCCGGCCCAGACCCUGUCCCGGGGCCAGGAGCGGCACCACGGGCCGCAGGUCCCCCGAGCUCGCCUACCAGAACUCCUCGGACCACGCCAACGAGGAGUGGGAGACGGCCUCCGAGAGCAGCGACUUCAGCGAGAGGCGGGAGAGGCGGGACGGGCCCGGGCCCGAGCCCGACCCCCAGGCCGACGGCCUGCCCGGGGUGAGCGCGGGCGAGAAGAAGGAGCUGGCCAAGCGGAGCUUCUCCGGCCAGAGACCCCUCGCUGACAGACAGAGCCGGAAGCUGGAGCCGGGAGGGUUCGGGGAGACGCCUGUUAGGCCAGGUGGCGGUGAGACUUCUCCCCGUUAUGAGAGCCAUCAGAGUGGGACGCCUUUGAAAGCCAAAAGGUCCCCGGAUGACACCUUGCCUGGAGGUCUUGGCUGCAGCAGUGGGAGUGGCCACUACACGCUGGAGCGGGCAGCCCAUGCCACCUCUGACAUCCCUGAAGCCUCCUGUGAGAAGGCAGAGAAGGAGGCCCAACUGGCUGCCCAGAGGGCAGGCGACCAGGGAGAGACCAUGAAACCGUUUGACCUGAACUAUGGAAAUGCCGGCGUUGAAAACUGCGGAUCCAGCCCCGGAGAGGAGGGUGAGGUGGGCUCUGUGGUGGGGGAAGGCUUCAUCGAAGUCCUGACCAAGAAGCAGCGCCGUGUGCUGGAGGAAGAGAGGAGAAGGAAGGAGCCAGCCGUGCAGGUACCUGUCAAAGGCCGAAGUCUUUCCUCUCGUAUUCCUCCUCGGUUUGCGAAAAAGCAGAACCACCUGUGUCUGGAGCAAGGUGAUGGAGCUGUGCCUGGCAGUAGCUUGGGCACCGAGAUCUGGGAGAGCAGCGGCCAGGCCCUCCCCAUUCAGGCCUCAACCGGCGACUCCUGGGCCAAAGCCGCCACUGCCUUUGCCAGCACCGAGCCCGGCUCUGCCGAGCAGGGCUUUAAGAGCAGCCAGGGAGACAGUGGCGUUGACCUGAGCGCCGAGUCUCGGGAGUCCUCGGCGACCUCCUCGCAGCGCAGCUCCCCGUACGGCACUCUGAAACCCGAGGAGGCGAGCGGGCCUGGCCUGGAGCCCAAGGCCGAUGGCCACAAGGAGCAGACUCAGAAGCAGUCGGAGCCGAAGGAUUCCGAACAAGGCUCGGGACAGAGCAAGGAGCACAGACCAGGACCCAUCGGCAAUGAGCGGUCUCUGAAAAACAGAAAGGGCUCCGAGGGGGCUGAGCGGCUGCAAGGGGCUGUGGUCCCCCCUGUCAAUGGGGUGGAGAUUCACGUGGACUCUGUGCUGCCAGUGCCACCCAUUGAAUUUGGAGUCAAUCCAAAGGACUCUGAUUUCAGCUUGCAGCCCGGCUCUGCCUCUGGUCCCGUGGGGAAUCCAGUUGUCAAACUUCAGGACGCAUUGGCCAGUAAUGCUGGGUUGGCACAGAGUAUUCCCAUCCUCCGGCGCGAUCAUCACAUCCAGAGGGCCAUCGGCCUCUCCCAGAUGUCCUUCCCCACCGCUGACCUCACUCUGAAGAUGGAGUCUGCGCGCAAGGCUUGGGAAAACUCGCCCAGUUUGCCGGAGCAGAGCUCUCCAGGAGGCACUGGCUCGGGCCUGCAGCCCCCGUCCUCCGGGGGAGCCUCCAGCGGGGUCAGCUACAGCUCCUUCGGUGGGGUCUCCAUGCCCCCCAUGCCCGUGGCCUCGGUCGCACCUUCUGCGUCUCUUCCAGGCAACCACCUGCCACCUCUCUACCUGGACGGCCAUGUGUUUGCAAGUCAGCCCCGGCUGGUUCCUCAGACGAUACCUCAGCAGCAGAGUUACCAACAGGCUGCCGCUGCCCAGCAGAUCCCGAUUUCCCUUCACACGUCUCUGCAAGCUCAAGCCCAGCUCGGGCUGAGGGGCGGGCUCCCCGUCUCCCAGUCUCAGGAGAUCUUCAGCUCCUUACAGCCCUUCAGAUCUCAGGUGUAUAUGCACCCCAGCCUGUCACCGCCCAGCACCAUGAUCCUCUCCGGAGGCACAGCCUUGAAGCCCCCCUACUCGGCGUUCCCAGGCAUGCAGCCCUUAGAGAUGGUGAAGCCCCAGUCCGGCUCGCCCUACCAGCCCAUGAGUGGAAACCAAGCCCUGGUCUACGAGGGCCAGCUUGGCCCGGCCGCUGGGCUCGGCGCCUCCCAGAUGUUGGACUCCCAGCUCCCGCAGCUGACGAUGCCGCUGCCUGGCUCCCAGCUGCCCCUGCCUCGGUACGGCUCUGGGCAGCAGCCCCUGCUCCUGCCGCAGUCCAUCCAGCUUUCACAGGGGCAGAGCCUCUCUGUCGGGGCGCCCCGAAGAAUGCUCCCACCCGGGUCCCAGCCUUCGGUCCUUAACACCAGCAGAGAGUCCUCUCAGAUGGAGAUGAAGGGCUUCCACUUUGUCGACAGUAAACAGAAUGUUUCUUCAGGAGGCUCCAUGCCAUCACCACAGACCUACAGGCCUAGCUCUGCUAGCCCCAGUGGGAAGCCCUCUGGAUCAGCAGUUAACAUGGGCUCUGUGCAGGGACACUACGUUCAACAGGCAAAACAACGAGUGGAUGAAAAGCCCAGCCUGGGAGCCGCGAAGCUGCAGGAGGCCCCCUCAGCCGCUUGCCAGCUGAAGCGAACUGGAGCGAUCAAGCCCCGGGCGGCGGCGCUGGAGGAGAGCAAGGCCUGA